AUGCAGGGGCAGUUGAAUUUGCCCGCGCGGAAGGCAACCUUUCUUGACAAUAAAAAAAAGCACUUGCUCAAAAGGGAGUAUGGUGACAUUGCUGUGGGAACCGAGCGGAAAGAAAUCCUAAGAUUCUUGAGGGACUAUGACCUGAGAACAAAAUAUGGCCCCUGUAUAGGGAUGAGCCGAAGGGAACGCAUGGAGCGGGCCGUAAAUAUUCUCAAAACAGACCGGGAGUACCUUGCACAGGUCAAAACAUAUUUGAAUGCCUAUGCGGCGGGUGAUUCGGAAAUUUCUGAACCUCUCUGGAGCAAUGUAGAUCCAAAACCUUAA